AUGGCGCACGUUCGUCAGCGAAAGCGCACCAAGCUUCAGAAGCAAGUUUGGAUGUUCCUGGAAGAUCCAGACCUCAUACGUGGAGGGCGCAUUUACGAGAAUGUGCUUUCCUGUGUGAUUUUGGCAAGCGCAUGGUUGCCAGUCAUUCCGAAGCAGUUCUUGGGCGUCAACGACACGACAGUGUUUGGACUCGACUUGGCCCUGUUCUCCGUGGACUGCUUGUUCUUCCUUGAGGUCACACUUCGGUUUUAUGGAUGCCCCAAUCGUCUGCGAUUCUUUACCAGCUUUUACAACGCCCUGGACAUUCUCUCCGUCAUCUUGCCAAUGGCGAUGAAGUUGCGGGUUCAAUCGCUUUCACUCGCAGCAGAAGACAACUUGGACAUGUCCGGGAUAGAGCUGCUGCUGAUUGUCCUAGUGCCGGUGGUGCGUUUGCUCAAGCUUCUGAGACGGUUUGAGAACAGCCACCUCAUCCAACAGGCCUUUUCCGAAGCUUUGGGAGCGUUGCCUUCUUUGCUUUACUGCAUGAUGCUGCUGGUGUUCUUCUUCUCCUCUGUCAUCUAUGUCUUGGAGUCUGAAAGUGGCAACAUCGAGAGCAUGCCCAGGGCAAUUUGGUUCACCAUGGUGACACUCAGCACUGUGGGGUAUGGAGACAUCGUUCCGAAAUCAUCUGGCGGCAACAUGGUGGUCUGUGUUCUGAUCGUCGUGUCUGCGAUGUACAUGGCCAUGCCUAUCGGAAUUGUGGGAAAGGCCUUCGGUUCUGUCUGGGACGACCGACACAGGCUCCUGCUUAUGCAGCGGCUCAGGACUCGAUUCGCCACCGUCGGAUAUGAUCCACAGGAUAUUCCCGGCCUGUUUUGUAACUACGAUGAGAACGGUGAUGGUGAGCUGUCCAUGGACGAGUUUCGUCACCUGCUGGAGGUCGAAGCAAAAGACGAGCGUGCUCAUGACGUCUUCCAGGCCUUUGACAAUGAUGGAAGUGGAGCCAUUGAUGAUUCUGAGUUCAUCAAGACGCUUUUCCCGACCGCGUACAAGGCGAUCUACGCCAGAGAACAGCAGCCUCAAGAGGAGAAGGGUGAGGACGGACGGAUUGGCCCUCCCAAUUCCAGUGUCUCCGGGCUUGGUGAGUAUGCCAUCUGCUGGUCCGAGGCUCCGAGCACCGCCUGCGUAGGCUACCCUUGCUCCGAGGACAAUUCUUGCAGCAAUGGCACUGCCUGGUUGUGCAACGGUGCCCAGCCGCUUGGUUUGGUGAGAAAGGUUUGGCACAACCUUCCCGGAAAGACUCUGGCUGAUCUCCUGGCAGCAGCUGCUUUCCCAGACUCGCCGGAUUUGGAAGAAUCUGCAAAUGCCUUGACCAGCACCGCCAACUACGGUGACAACUAUGGUCAGAUGUUCUACGGCCUUUUCGUCGCACCGGAGACGGGCUCAUAUGUCUUCGAGAUAACCAGUGACGAGAACAGCGAGCUGAGGAUCAGUGACGCCUUCAACGACACGCAAGGACAAGUUGUCUCCUACAUCUCUGAGGCUCAAACCUGGUAUCAAGGCCCUUUUCUCCGUCGAGGAUAUGCUCCAGGUCCUGAUGCGUGGGACAGCUUUCCAACCCAGUCAGGAAGCUACUACAUGGAGGCUGGACACCUAUACUACCUGGAGGUGUUGCACAAGGAGCGUGCCCAGUCCGACCACUUGAUUGCAGGAGUGCAACUGCCCAGCGGCAUCGUCCACAGACCCAUACCUGCAAGCUUCUUCGAUGCAGUGGUGUGUACGCAAGGCUUUCCUGUGGGCCUUGCAGUGGUCCAUGACUGCUCUGGGCGGAAGACAGGACAGAGCUGUACAGCCCAAUGCCGUGGUGGUUGGAGUGGUGCACAGCAAACCUUCGUCUGCGAUGGCGUGGGCAUCUUGCAUGGUCGCGACCCUGUUUGCACAGCGGUCCAGUGCGAAGAAUACAACGUGGAAGUCGGCAGCCUGUUCAUGCACGGUGUCUGGGACGAGGUUGACUGUUCAAACAUGGAGGGGAUCAAGUGCGACGACCAACUGCGAAGCUGGUCAGGCGCAGAGAACUGCGCAAGCCGGGUUGUGACUGCUGGGAAUUCUUGCCGUGACUACUGCCUCGCACGUGGUCGGGGCUGUGUUAAGUCGUCUGCC